AUGGGCUGUGGCUUCAGCUCUGCGCACUCUGCGCAGGGCGACCCGCAACUGAAGGUCCAAAAUGCCACCCAAGGGACUUCCUCAUCACGUCUGAGUUUGGAAGGAAAGAUCGUGCUGCUUGGAGACAGCGGCGUAGGGAAGAGCAGUUUAGCCCUGCGCUUCUGCAGAGGCCGCUUUCCACUUUACCACGAAGUGACGAUUGGUGCCGCCUUCCUUCAACAAACUGUUAGGCUUGACCAGGGCAAUCAGCUGAAGCUGCAUAUCUGGGAUACAGGAGGCCAGGAACGCUUCCGCGCAAUGGCACCCCUCUACUACCGAGACGCUGCUGGAGCUGUUGUGGUCUAUGACAUCACGGCGCCCUCCUCCCUGGAGGCCGUCAAAUUUUGGACAAAGGAACUGCGGCAGCAUCUUGACUACUGCAGUAUCACUGUGGCAGCUAAUAAGUACGACUUGCUGGAGGUUUCCGCUGAGGGAGGGCUCGAGGAGCAGCAGCAGCACCACGAGCCAACGACUCUUCCUGCUGCUGCCGCCGUCGAAAAUGAACAGGACCGGAAUGACUUAGUUGAGAUCAUGCGAGGGGUUGAGGAAGUCAAGAAGUACUGCUCUGCUAACCGCUUCGAGUUUAUUGAAUGUUCUGCAAAGACGGGGCAGAACGUCAAUCGGCUAUUUGAGGACUUGGCCCGCAAUGUCUUUGCACACCUGAAAGACGCUGCCGCUGUAGUAGACCUGUGA